AGACCACAGAGAGUGGAAGCCGUGGGCAGCAGAAGCGAUUAUUGUGUAAUUCCAAGCAGGUGUGCGUCAAGUACGGCCGUUUUGCGCGACUCUUGCAGCUAAUAUUAGUUGUGCGAUUUUUAAUUGCAUACAUAUAUCAUACCUCUUUGAAUCUAACCGAGUGCGCGCGCAAUGAACGAAGCGCCAGUAUCCUGUCUGCCAAACGCUUCGAAAAUGUCGAAGGCAAAGAAAGUGAUUGAAGAAGCCCGCGACACGCAUAAUCCCGAGGUGGAUUUGGUCGACAAAGGUGUCAGCAGCUUCGAUGAGCUACCUGGAUUGCUGAAUAUGCAACACCUGACGAGAAUAACACUCAGCCACAACAAGUUAAGAAGUGUUCCUGCAUCACUGGCAAAUUUAUUCAAUCUGGAAAUCUUGAACCUUUCAAACAAUAACAUUGAAGAGCUUCCAAUGUCAUUGUCAUCUAUGCCAAAGCUAAGAAUUUUGAAUUUAUCACUGAAUAAACUGUAUGAAUUGCCCAGGGGUUUUGGUGCAUUCCCAAUGCUUGAAGUAUUGGACCUUACCUACAACAAUUUAAAGGAAACUUCACUGCCAGGCAAUUUCUUCAUCAUGGAAACUCUCAGGGCGUUAUAUCUGGGUGAUAAUGACUUUGAGUGCAUUCCAGCAGAAAUUAAAAACUUGAAAAACUUACAAAUUUUGGUUUUGCGUGAAAACGACAUCAUUGAAUUACCUAAAGAAGUCGGGGAAUUACCACGCCUGCGCGAAUUACACUUGCAAGGCAAUCGUUUGACGAUUCUUCCGCCUGAAAUCGGUUCUCUGGAUUACACCCAGAAGUCUGCGUUUAAAUUCGAAGGCAAUGAUUGGGUACCUCCGAUUGCCGAUCAGUUGAAACUUGGCGUCUCUCAUCUGCUGGAUUUCCUUCGCAGUGAAUCAUACAGAGUAAUCUACAAGCGUUACAUGGAGCAUAAACCAACUCCACCUCCACCUUGUUGUGACAAAGCGAAGAAAACUAGUCGCGUGCGUCAAUACCCACAAACUAAACCAAAAAGUGCCUUUUAAUUAAUUAAUAAACGACUAACUUCCAUAAUGAGUAGAAGUAUGACAAAUUUUGCCAACUAAAAUAAUAUAAACGAAUAUUAGCCAUCAACUGCCUUCUAACACAUAAAUAAUUUAUAUUUACUUAACUUUUUACUUAAUAAUAUUUAUACUAGCACUAUUAAAACCCCGAAUUUAUAUUUUGUAUGAAGUACAUAAAAAUAUUUACGAUAUAUACACCGUAAUCAUAUAUACAUUAAAUAUUUAAUUUGUUGUAUUUGUAUUGAAAAUAUUUAAAUAUUUAAAAUAUUAAUAUUACAAAAUUUCA